AUGACAACUUGCAGAGUUAUAACCCACUCGCCGCCGUGUCGAUAAGCAGGGAAUUGUAGAUAUUAAAAGGAGGAGAAGAAGAGUCUCGGAUGACCUUUAGUGUCGUUGCCAGUCCAGUUUUCACUCCACUUUAAUAUUCGCAUCGCUCCACCAAGUCAGAAAAGGGGAUCCGUGCGUCAGUGGGAUAAGACCCUUUACACACUUCCUCACCUGAAGUGUCCCCUACCUUACCUUCCUCGGCCAGAUAGUGGGAAGCCGGCGGAGCAGACUUGAAGAGCUUUAUUUGCCUGAGGCGGAGUGCUCACAUAAAGCCUGGUGAAGGACGUUGACAACUGAGAAGUGCGUACAUCAGCCAUGGGAGCCUCCAGCACUACUUCGAGGAAACUUCCCCUGCUCUACUUUACCUUUCUGUGCGCGCUCACAGGCAUAUGGGCCAACUUUUUAAUACCCCUGAAAAAUGGAGAAGUGAUCGAGGGUCAGUAUGUGGAGCUGCAGGCCCGGUACACUGGCGGCAACCCAAAUUCCAAGAGUAUCGCCUGGAACUUUUUGAUGCCUAACACCAGCCAGAUGAAGAUGAUCAUCUCCUACACCGACAACACGGUGAAGGUGUUUGACGGACAGUUUAAGGGCCGUGUCGGAUUCCUAUAUCAGAUGCCAUCAUCAGAUGUGUCGUUCUACAUCAACAACACCCGGGAGUCCGAUUCGGGAAGCUACAUCGUUCAGAAUGUUAAUGAUGGUAUUACUGAAACGGUUACCCUGGAUGUGAAAGUCCCUCCUUCUGUUCCGAAGUGCUCUAUGACAGGGAAGCCAGAGGUAAAAGGAAAUGUUACUCUGAUCUGCAUGUCCAGCUCUGGGAAACCUAUCCCUUUGUACAAGUGGAAGAAAACCAGCCCCACCUCUGAGGUCUUCUUCUCACCCAUGCUCAAUGAGAAGACUGGCACUCUGAAGCUGAACAACCUGAGCAGCAACAUGUCGGGGAAAUACGUGUGCACAGCCAGCAACACGGUGGCAGAAAAGACCUGCGAAAUCGACCUGCACAUUACCAACUCCAAUAAAGUGGGGGUGAUUGUUGGUGCCACAGUUGGCUCAGUGGCUGGCUUCAUCUUCCUCCUUUUUGUGUGCCUCGCUUUUGUCUUUGUGAUAAGGAGAAGAAACAACGAGGAUGACUUGGCCAAUGAAAUCAAGGAGGAUGCUCAGGCUCCCAAGCGUGUGUCAUGGGCUAAGAGCGGCAUGGGUUCUGACAUCAUCUCCAAGAAUGGCACCCUGUCCUCCAUCGCCUCCAGCCCACACCACAAAGAGUCCUCCCAUCACCACAACAACCACCACCACCACCUGCAGCAGUAUCCACAGCGCCCCCCCUCAGACACUGCAUCCAUCAUCACCGCCACAGGCAGCAAUGCCGGCUAUAGACCGUCCCGCCACCACGGGGCCUCCACUCCCACCCAUUACAGCUACAACAACAACACCACCCUCCCACGUGAACAGCCAUUGUCCCCCGAGGCCGGCAGCAAUGGCGGUUCCAUGCCCAGACCCGAGCGCUACACCCAGUUGCCUCAGGCACAGGCUCUGCCGCAAACGUACAACCAGCCUCGGCUGCAGCUCCAGACCACUCCCUCCCCGCCACCACUACCCACCUCCACCAUCAUGGCCUCCAACAUCUCCCGAAUGGGAGGAGUGCCCAUUAUGGUUCCUGCACAGAACCAGGCCGGAUCUCUAGUCUAGCAUGAGCUAAAGGAAUACUCUCACAAAGGGUCAAUUGCUGAUUUUUCAAAGGGACUUUAAUAUUUAGCAAAGAAUUCAAAAUGAAAAGGUCAUUUACUGAUGCCAACAAGCUCUCAGACACACUGUUUACUUCCUUUAAGAAUACUUACUUAUAGUUCUUUUGUACUCUGUAUGCACUGUACACAUUUGAAACUAUGUAUAGAUAUGAUUUUCAUACAUUUGUCCAGUAUCGUCUUUUCUACUUUAUGGAUUUUAAUGUUUUCAUUUUUCAUAUUUAGAUUUUUAAAUGUAAUUUCUUCCAAACUGUUUUCCUCCUGCCAUUUAUGAACCGCAGCUGGAACGCCGUGUGUGCUAAUCUCACGGACAGAAAAAAAAGAGCACCAGCAUGCUACACUUUAUCCAUUGUCUUUAUUUAGAGAAACUACCUGAAGGACUCAUAGGUCAUUACUGUUUAAGAAGGAGAAUGUUGCUCAUAAACACUGGGUUUAAUCUAUGUAUUAUUAACUCUAUUUCAGCACCAGACAUCAAAAGACAACAUAAUGUGUUGUGUGAUAAAGUUUGCCCUUGCAAAGUA